GUGGCUGGUGGUCAAGGACAAGGAAAUGAUCUUACACAAUUGUCAUCUCCUCAAGGAGUCGUUGUCGAUCAAUUGGGCACUGUCUAUGUGGCUGAUCGAGAGAAUGAUCAAAUCAUGCGUUGGCCUAAAGGAGCCACACAAGGAAGUGUCAUUGUUGGUAGAAACGGUAGAGGAGGACAAUCGAACCAACUCAAUUGGCCCUUCGGUUUGUCAUUCGAUCGACACGGGAAUCUCUAUGUUGUCGAUUGGAGAAAUCAUCGAGCACAAAAAUUCGAUAUGGAUUCAAAUGCAUAG